UUUGAAUUUUUGAAAACUUUUCAUAUCUAUUAUGGAAAAAAGAAAAAAGGAAAAAGAUGAGAAAGGAAAAACGCGUAUAGAAACAUUUAGAAUUGAAUUAUUAGUAGUAUUUUCUUCUCAUUGAUUUUUUCCCUAGCAUAGGUCUGUCUACCUGCGCUCUGCGAUGCGCUCAAAUGCAGUCAUGUAUUGUUACGAAUGAAAUAUGUACAUAUCAUACUCGGGAAUAGAUAUACACACACACACACACACACACAGCACAUAUAAAGAAUCAAGAGUAGCAUCAAUCAAAGAGAAUUCUGCAGAAAGGCAAAAGUUAACGAUUGUCAGGUAUAAUGGAACCGUCGGCAAAAAAAUUAAAAACUACUGACGAUCCCGAAAGUGAAAUUGACGUUAUUAAAAGUGACGAUAAAUAUAAAAUAAAAAUGGAUGCAAGCUUUGAAUUGGGCGAUCACGAGGGAGUAAUUAACUUGGACGAUAAAUCGAACGAAAAAAAAGAAGAUCCGAUUUGCUUAACAGAUGACGAUUCAUUUGUAUUUCCACCUGACAACGAUAUAUCGGAUAUGUUGGAAGGCAUCGACUAUAGUGGUUCGUUACCAACUAUUACCGAACGUUACUUUUCUACGUAUUAUAAAGUUGACGUUCAAAGGCCCGGAGACGAUAUGUGUAUCAGAGUACACAGUAAUCGUAUUUGCUUGAUUUCGUUAGCACCGAGUCAUAAUAUUUUUCAAAAUGGUAACAAAAUCUUAAAAGUUGAUUACAAAGUAAGCGACAAGUUAGAUAGGAUGUUAAAUAAGGUCUCUGGAAAAAGUAAACACGGUGCUCAACCUUUACAAAUUAAUUCUAACAUUUGUGCAAUAUCUUGUUCGGACGGACAAAUAUACACAAUAAAGUGCUGUAUUAUUGGGAAAUUAAUAGAAGUUAAUGAAAUAUUAUUGCAUUAUCCUGAACUUUUAAAGGAACCACCGCACAAAGGUGGAUACUUGGCCCUUGUGCUGCCUAAUUUAAAGCUAUUGGAUAAAAUAAAAGAUACAUUACUAACAUCGGAGGAAUAUAAAACAUUUAUACUCUCGCGAUCUAAAGUCUAAAUUUUUUAAUCGCUAAUUGAUUAUGUUAAGACAAUAAUAUAGUUUGCCUUUAACGAAAGUAUAAGAUUAUUAAUAAAAAAUACAUAUAUAUAA